CCCAUUGACGAUGACGGAGCUUUACAUAUGUGCAGCUUUUUUUCUCUCUUACUCAUAUUUUAAUUUACAGAGUUUCCUUUUGAUUUCGAAAGCAAACUGUAUGUGUUUUUUGUAGACCACAUGCUCUAAUUUCUUUGAGAUUAUUUAUGAUUUUUGUUUGGGAGAACUACCUUAGACCAGUGAAAUGAACUAUUCACGUGUUUUAAUUUUUCUUGUUUUUUAGGUGCACACUGAAGCUUUCUGCAGGUUGAGGUUUGCUCUUUGGACAUUUACUGAAAUGUUUGAUGUUAUUCGUGCAUCACGUAUCUUGUGUAUAUUUUAAAUAUGGUCUGCUGAGUUUCAAGAAAACGUGAACCCCUGCUUUUAACCAGCAAAACAUGUUGAUGACAUCUCCUCCUCCGUGUUGUCACCUGUGAGGACGCAGGGACUACUUUGGCACAUUAGACCCUUCAGGUGACUGUUCCAAUCAUUGCAUGACUGCACAACCCUGACGCAUCUGCAGAGGAAGAGACUGCGGCAAUGGAAAUUAUAUCAAACGAAAGUGACAUUUGGCAAUUCAACGAAUCCUGGAGGAACUCGAGUCUCAUGAACGGGACCGGUGGUUUGAAUCAGACAAAUCCUCUGAAGCGGAACGAAGAGGUGGCCAAGGUGGAAGUGACUGUGCUCGCCCUCGUGCUGUUUCUGGCACUAGCGGGGAACUUGUGCGUUCUGCUGGCCAUCCACACCACCAAACACAGCCAGUCUCGCAUGUAUUAUUUCAUGAAGCACCUGAGCAUCGCCGAUCUCGUUGUGGCGAUAUUUCAAGUUCUCCCUCAACUUAUCUGGGACAUCACAUUUCGGUUCUAUGGACCGGACAUUUUGUGCAGGUUAGUGAAAUAUCUGCAGGUCGUUGGGAUGUUCGCCUCCACUUACAUGUUAGUUUUGAUGUCCGUAGACAGAUGUUUAGCAAUUUGCCAGCCUCUCCGUUCUUUGCACAGGAGAAAAGAUCGCUUCUAUGUCUUAUUUUCCUGGAUCCUGAGCCUGCUCUUCAGUAUCCCACAGAUGUUCAUCUUUUCCCUGAGGGAGGUUGGCUCGGCGGGAUCAGGAGUGUACGACUGCUGGGGGGACUUCGUGAAACCUUGGGGAGCGAAAGCUUAUAUCACAUGGAUUAGUCUUACUAUAUACAUCAUUCCAGUAGCUAUUCUGAGCAUUUGCUAUGGGUUGAUAAGCUUCAAAAUAUGGCAAAACUUUAAACUGAAAACCAGACGGGAGCAGUGUAUAAGCCUGACGCCCAAAGCCUCCAAAUGUAACACGCUGGCCCGAGUGAGCAGCGUUAAGCUCAUUUCCAAGGCGAAGAUAACCACCGUGAAAAUGACUUUUGUGAUCGUCCUAGCUUAUAUCGUCUGCUGGACCCCCUUCUUCUCCGUUCAGAUGUGGUCUGCGUGGGAUCCAGCAGCUCCCCGCGAGGCUAUGCCCUUCAUCAUCUCCAUGCUACUGGCCAGCCUCAACAGCUGCUGUAACCCCUGGAUCUACAUGUGCUUCGCCGGGCAUCUGUUUCAGGAUCUUAGGCAGAACUUUCUGUGCUGUUCCACCCGCUACCUCAAGUCAUCCCAGUGUCGCUGUGAGCGUGACUUUGACUCCAGCCACAAGAGCAACUCCUCAACCUUUGCCAUUAAGAGCACUAGCAGUCAAAGGAGCAUCACACAGACUUCCACCACAUAAGUACCAGCCCUCCAUUUCCCAUCUGAAGCUGCUCAUUCAGCGUUUCACUACAUGCCCUAGCCCAGAAAACAUCCAGCGGUUCCACUUCAAAAUACCUCUCACCCAGAGGCUUUGCUGUCCAAGCUCGGAGGAGGGAAAACAACAAAGAUCCUAACUGGCUCUUCAGUGUAAAAAAAAAAAAAAAAAAAAAACGGCAUUGUGAAAGUAUUACUGAGAGGAAUCAUGGUGUUCAUUAGAAAUGAUGGGCUAAUCAUGGACCAGUAAGAGUAAUCAGCUGAAUCUUUUUGUAUGCUUAUUUUUACACUCUUCUUUUUUCCGGUGUACAGUACAUACCCGCCUGUUUUCAGUGCAGAAAAAAAAACAGAUGAAAAGAUAGCAUUCGAAAAAUUUGUUAAGCACUGUCAUCUGUGGCCAACUCCUCUACUGAUUCAGUUACUGUUGCCAUCAAAGCUUAUAGAUCCCAUGUGUCUGUGAUACAAUGAAGAUGUUGUAGAUAUUCUGUACGAUGUUGUUAAUUUCGUUGAAACGUUUGCCAUGGGUUGCUUACGUGUAAACUGUUACUUGAGAACGUUAUGUGAUGUGAAAUACCAUAUAGCACUCGCUGGUUUAGAUUAAAACACAAAAAUAAAGAGUGAAAGCAAAACAAAAUGCACUGACAGCUUUAUAAUUGACUCAUUUUGCCUUUUGAACAGACUGAAGAAACCCUGAUGAAAUGCCUUGAACAAAUGUUUGGCAGCAAGUUCAAACUUGUGCAAUCAGCCACAAAAUGCACUAUUUGGAUGAGAUCUGGAGGCCGCAGCGCUGAACUAAAGUGACUUGUGUUUCUGGAGGUACCUUGAGUCAGCAGUUCCUGCUCACUCUUUAUUGUUUUUCAGCAGUUUCUGCUCAUUCAAGGUAGGUACCUCCAGACGUGACAAUAAAGGUGAACCGUGCAUUCACAUGAAUUUACUUUGUUUGCGAAGCUAAUUAAGCCAGAGACAGUUUAGUCGUUCAUUUUGUGAAGCAUCGUUGGCCUGUUGAAUUAAUUACUGCAUAUUUAAUUAUCACUGUCAAUAAUGAGGAGUGACUUGAACAAAAGCAAAACCUGUGUAAUAAAAUCACCUCCAAAGCAGUAUGUUUAGAAAAAUAAUCCGAUCUUAUGAUCUGUUCAGUUAAUCCAACUUUCAGCUCUGUCACUCAGUUCAUCUUGAUAUAUUGCCUCUCCACCACCGUACACUACGAUAUAAUCUACCACAGUUUAGCAGCAUCACAAAAUACAGUGUAGAAUAUUUAACAAUCACUCUAAGCUUCAGUCAGGUUAGUCACUGUCACAACACUCAGCUGCAUAUGGUUUAAUAUGGUUUUUAAUUAUGUCAUAAUGUAAAUUACAGAGUAAAUUUAGACUAAUGUUUGACUGAACAAAAGAGGUGUGUGUGUGGGGGGGGUUCUCUUCCCUUAUUUGUACUGUGAUGCUUCUGAGAGUCUUUUUGUCAGUUUACUAUCAAGGGAAAUUCUGUAAAAUACAAAUAUUUUAAUGCACUGAUGCAUCUAUAAAUAAAUGAUAAUAAUAAUAUUAAUAAAUAUAUAUAAGUGUA